CCGGGGGUCGUUAGGAGAAGAUGGGCCGUCACAUGUAUUGGCUGGCAUUUGCCUUCUGCACCCUCGCUCUUGCUUCCGCGAAGGACGAGGAGUGUGCGGCGACUCCAAUCAUUCUUGACGACGAGGAGCGUGCGGCGACUCCAAUCAUUCUUGACGGGAGUGAUGACAAAGGACACGAUGGACCGGAUGGCAAAGCAGAAAUGAGAGAUCUGACACGAGACUUCAUGGAAACCAAUCCUAGUGUUGUGAACGGCCACCAAGUCUUUGAAGGAGACAUGGUCUUGACGGAGAGCCAGUGGCGAGCGGUCAGGGAGAGGAAGGCCCUUGCAGACCUCUCAGCGCGCUGGCCUGAACAGGGCGGCUUCCCCACCGUGCCCUACUACCUCGACACUACCGACUCCGUCACUGUGGCUGCCAUAAAUGCAGCGAUUGCUCACUGGGAGCAAAACACCUGCAUCAGAUUCCAGCUCACGUCCAACCUCGCUCAACGGCACGUCAGGUUUUUUGAAGGGUCUGGAUGCUGGUCGUAUGUCGGCAUGUUGGCCCAGAAUGGACAAGACAUUUCCAUUGGAAGUGGCUGCAAAGAACUCGGCAUUGUCGCCCAUGAGAUCGGCCACGCCAUUGGGUUCGUGCACGAGCAGAGUCGCCCCGACCGUGACGACUAUGUGGUCAUCAAUUAUGGCAACAUCCAAACUGGCAAGGAAAACAACUUCAAUAAGUACAGCACGUCAGUGGUCAACACCUACGGCAUACCAUACGACUACUCAUCCGACAUGCACUACGGCUCUACGGGCUUCACCAACAACGGCAAGACGACCAUCGCCACCCUAUAUCCCUUGGCGCAGGAGCUCAUCGGCCAGCGCACGGGACUCUCUCACAGGGACAUACUAUUGGCCAACACCAUGUACGGCUGCAUCAGUGAGUAUGAUAUAUGAGUAAUUAAGGGGCUACUAUUACACUGGGCAAAUUUUCCGUCGAUCUUCAGUCAAACCACGAUUUCCGCUGGCGUGGUUCUCAUUUGUUUCUUGUUAUUGCUGAUGAUGAUGAUGAUGGUGAGUAAUACCGUCGUCCUUCGGUGAAAUCUACCGUAGCUUUGGAAGAUCGUGGACACGUCAGAAAACCACGGAAAUAUGAGAACCACGCCAGCGGAAA